AAGAAGCGCUCUCUGUGGGGAUGGGAAUGGAAAGUGUGGUCUGUGCUGGUGUACGGUGUGCACGCGGAGUAACCAAUUUGCAGCCUCUGUGCAUGGAUAUUCUGCACACAAAAAAACAUUUUAUUUGGGCAGUGCAUCGUUGCUGCAGGCUGCAUCCCUAACUAACCACCAUGAUUCAGAGACCAGCGGCCCCUGGGACCCAGUCUCUCCGGUCAGCCCCGUGGCCCAUUCCCUCUGGUUUGAGACUGAAGAAGCAGAACUAUUGUUGACCUUUUCUCCGCCAGAGCCCCAGAAUCCUUUGGGAGGUAUCGGAUGUGAUCAUUCUUUUGGAGAAGUGGUGUAUCCGUAUUGACAACCUGGGAAGGAAGUAGGAUAUCACAUGUGAAAUAUCUGGGAUUUCCCUUCCCCUCAGGGAUUAUUGGGUUGUGGAUAUUGUGGAGUUGGGACUGAGCAGGGAAGAGAGAGGGUAUCUGGCAUUCAGCCUGCUAUGGAAUUGGGAGCUGAGGGGAGCAAGCAUCAGCACCAGCACCAGAGGAGGAAACCUGUGAGACAUGCACUGGAGGAGCAGAAAAAGAUUUACACGGACUGGGCCAACCAUUACCUGGUGAAGUCGGGCCGUCAGCGACUGAUUAAGGACUUGCAGCAGGACGUGACAGAUGGAGUGUUACUGGCUGAGAUCAUACAGGUUGUGGCGAAUGAGAAGAUAGAAGACAUCAAUGGCUACCCUAAGAACCGGACACAGAUGAUUGAGAACAUUGAUACCUGCCUUGGAUUCCUGGCAGCCAGAGGGGUGAACAUCCAGGGGCUCUGUGCAGAGGAGAUUCGUAAUGGGAACCUGAAGACCAUUCUCGGUCUGUUCUUCAGCUUGUCCCGCUACAAGCAACAGCAGCAGCAGCAGAAGGUGUUGAAACAGCAGGCCUCUCAUCAGCCAAAGCACAGCACCCAGCCUGGACAUACUCCCCAUAGAUCACCAGCCCCCUCUCACACCCACACCCACGGCUCCACUGCACCAGAACACAAAGCAGCAUCAGAUAUGCUGUCCAGACUGCCAGGCCCCACCACGCGAGUCUCAGCCCCAGGCAGCGAGGGGAAGCAUCGCGGGGCCUCCAUCAGCAACCGCCGCAGCCAGAGCUUCAACCACCAUGACAUGCCCAAGUCCUCCAGCAGUGACAGAGAGAGAAGCACCACGGCCUCUCCCAUCAUGACUGAGCACGGUCUGUCUCCAGGGCCCAUCAAUGGCUGCUCUUCCUCCUCCAACCCCCAGCCCAAUGCAGGCAACAGCAGCAAGCCCCGGAGGAGUAAGUCCCUGAACACCAAGCACAGCACCACCUCCUCCAUGCUGUCCGUCAAACAGGACCCUCCCACCAGGCAGCCCGCGGCCACACCCCUAGAGGUCCUCCCUAAAGUCAUCGCCCAGAAGUCCAUGCUGGAGAAAUUCAAGCUUUUCAACAGAAAAGGAGGCUCCAAGGCAGCUGGAGUCCUGACUGACAGGCCGAAAGGGCGGGAGACGGAGUCGAUGGAGUCGCGUCCCACCAGCAGUGACCACCUAGAGGAGGCAGAGGGGAACUCCCGGCCCCCCAGUGUCAUGGCGACCAGCCCCAAGCUUGCCCUGAAGGGCAUUGCCCAGCGCACCUUCGGCAGGGCCCUCACCCCCCAGAAGAGCUCUCUGAAGACUGGGGAGAAGGAGAAGGACAAGGCCAGGCCCAAGGAGAGGGACAAGGCCCGGGAGGGAGGCUCCAAGCGGGGGUUUGUCACAGAGCCCAGGGAUGACACCAGGCAGGAGGGAGUAGGUUCAGACUCAGCAGAGCCCAAGAGGAACACUAAGAGUACCAGCCUCAUCCCAAAAGGAGGCAAGGCUGGCAGUGGCAAAAAGGAGGUUUCAGCCCCAGCAGCACACAGCGGAAUACAAAAGCCAGGGUUCAAGGCAGGGAAGACCCCGGGGGUGCCCUCUUCUGGUCGAGAUGGAGACAGGCCCAGCAGUUUGAGGACCGGUGGGGGUGGUGGUCACUCGGUGCACAAGUGCCAGCUGGACAGCAGAAGCUCCAGCUCCUGCUCCAGCCUGGCCUCCUCUGAAGGGAGGUCUCACCAUCAACACCACCAUACCAACGGAGCACCCCCAGUGGCCACCACAGCCAGCAACACCAUCAGUGUCCAGCUACCUCAUCCUCAGCAGCAAUACAACCACCCCAACACUGCCACUGUUGCACCAUUCAUGUACAGGUCUCAGCCUGAUGUGACUGGAGCAGACAUGAUGAUGGAGGCAGCGGGGUCACUGGAAGGUCACAGAGAGACUGCAGCCAUCAGCAAGUCAGCAGACAACUCCCAUGAGGACCUCACAGGUGAAGACCCUGAGGCCAGGCGGUUGCGGACGGUGAAGGACAUUGCUGAUCUGAGGCAGAACCUGGAGGACACCAUGUCCAGCCUGAGGGGAACACAGAUUAGCCACAGCACCCUAGAGACCACCUUCGACAGCAGUGUCACCACCGAGAUCAGCGGGAGAGGCAUGCUCAACCUGUCUCCCCACCCCAACCCAGCGCUGCCCUGGCGACUGUGCCCCUCCAGCCCACGUCUGCAGGCAGGCGACGCCCCCUCUGUGGGAAAUGGGUACGCAGUGGUGAUGCGGGGCAGCUCCAGUGGCAUGGUGAGCCCAGAGGAUGGGCGCUACCUCCGCAGCAGGCAGACACCAGGACAGGAGAGUAACACUGUGUGUGACCUGUCAGACAAGAUGGAAGAGCUGGAGGGCGUUGCCAUAGAGACCACAGGGUACAUGAGCGAUGGGGACGUGCUAGGGAAGAACAUCCACAUGGACAAAGUCACCAGUGGCUACAUGACGGACGGUGGGGUGGGCAUGUACACACGCCGCCUCAAGCACCUGCCGGAUGGCAUGGCUGUGGUCCGAGAGACACUCCAUCGUAACAGUUCCAAGGGCCAAGGGGACGCCACCGACAGUUGGGACGACAGCAGCUCGGUGAGCAGUGGGGUCAGUGACACUAUCGACACAGAUGACAUCAACACCAGUUCCUCAGUCAGCUCCUACGUCAACACUCCGUCCGUCUCCUGCAAGGACGUAGAGGGACAGCUCCAGACAGACGCAGAGAAGCACCUGGCCAUCGAGCAGAACUCUGUGUGGUCCGGCAGCGACGAGGUCAAGAGGUCAGACGGUGUCUCAGACAACGGGGUCAAAAUGGAGUCGGGCUCCAAGUAUUGCCGCCACCCCUCAGACAUGUCGGACAGGAGCUCCUCAGGCCGCAAUACACCCUCCGUGGCCCACACAGGCUCCUGGAGGCGGGGAAUGAGCGCCCAGAUGGGCGUAACCUCCCCCAGGACCAAGGCCCCCAUCACGCCAGGCUGUGCAACUCUGAAGACCCAUGUUACAGGUAAAACGGACGAUGCCAAGGUGUCGGAAAAAGGCCAACAUUAUCUCUCUCCCCGGGCCAAGUGUAGCAUGCAGCGCUCCCCAUCAGACACGGGCCGCAGCAGUGGAGACGAGGCCAAGAAGCCCCCUUCCUCCUCCAGCUCCAGCCGUACCCCCACCACCAACACCUUUGGAUUUAAGAAGCAUGCAGGAGGAGGUAUGACCAUGGUGACAGCCAGCGGAGUGACCAUCACCAGUGGCUCAGCCACCCUGGGAAAGAUCCCCAAGUCAGUGCAGCUCCACGGGGGUCGGGGUCUUGGUCGCCAGGCCAGUGUGGAUGAUGGCUACCUACCUGUGAGCUCACACUCCACCCUGCAGUACCGCAGCCUCCCCCGGCCCAGCAGAGCCUCUGGUGGAGGACGCAGCACAAGCCGCUCAUCCAGCACCAGCAUCGACUCCAAUCUCAGCAGCAAGUCCAACACGCUCCAUGGCCCCAAAAGCCGCAGCCAAGUCCCCAAACCCAGCGCUGGUGGCACCCCCCUUCCUGGCUCUGGAUCCAACCAGACAGACCGGGAGAAGGGGGUGUCCUCUGAAGCCAGUCCCACAGCCCCGGGAGCCAGGCAACCAGGGGGAAAGUACCCAGACGUCUCCUCCCCUACCAUGCGCAGACUGUUCGGAGGCAAGCAGGGCAAGCAGCAUGCCCCAGUCACCACCGCAGAAAACAUGAACAACUCCACUGGCCAGCAGGGCAGCGCUCUGGACUCCCCCUCAGCCAGUAGCGGGGGCAGUAGCCCUCUGUAUGGGGGUGGAGGUCGUCUGGGUGUGGAGGCACACUCCCUCUCCCCCCUGGCCUCCAGUCCCAGUUCGGCCCUGUCCACCCCCUCCCACAGCCUGGCCUGGAACAGCACCCUGAGCAGGGACACUCUGAGCCCCGGCUACCCCUCCCUCAGCAGCCUUGCCACCAGCAGCGAGUCCAUCGACCUGUCUCUGGGCAGCGGAGGCCACGGACACCACGGCCCUGGUCACGACACACUGCCAGCCUGCGUCAGGAACAACGGCAUCAAAACUGGCUUCUCAGACAGGUACGGCCACCUGCCCCAGCUACGUAGUCAUGACGACCACCGGGAUUGGCUGCGUUCCCACUCUGCAGGAGGUCUUCAGGAGUCUGCCGCCAGCUCACCCUUCUACCCCACCUCCAGCCUCACCUCGCCCUCCGGAGCCCGCUUCAACUUCUCCCAGCUUGCAGGCAGCCCUACCACGGCGGCACAGAUCAACCUGGCAAACCUCCGCAGCGUCCUGGCCAAUCAGGAUGGUUCGUAUGACCCAUACAGUGACCCCCGUCUGAGGAACUCGUCCAUGUCUCUAGAGGAGAAGAGUCGCACCAUGACCAGCUCUGGGUCCUUCAGAGAAGGCCUGGAGGAGGUCCACGCCUCCUCUGUGUCUCUGGUGUCCAGCACUUCGUCUGUCUACUCCACGCCUGAGGAGAAAGCUCAGUCAGAGAUUCGUAAGCUGCGGAGAGAAUUGGACGCCUCCCAAGAGAAGGUGUCUGCUCUGACCACUCAAAUGAGUGCUAAUGCUCACCUGGUAGCAGCAUUUGAGCAGAGCUUGGGGAACAUGACCAUCCGACUCCAGGGACUUACCACCACGGCUGAGCAGAAGGACUCUGAGCUAAACGAGCUGAGGAAGACCAUAGAACACCUGAAGAAGCAGAAUACCGCAGUCCAGGCAGCCAUCAACGGUGACAUCAAUCUCCCAGAGACCUCCUGCCAUUCCAUAGCUUCAGCCAAUGAGAGCUCCCAGUCUCACCUGGACCUGCGUAUCCACAGACAGCACUCAUCUGACAGUGUGUCCAGCAUCACAAGCGCCACCAGCCACUCCAGUGUGGGCAGCAACCAGGAGCUGGACUCCAAGAACAAGAAGAAGAAGAACUGGGUUUAUGAGCUGCGGAGCUCCUUCAAGCAGGCAUUUGGGAAGAAGAAGUCGCCCAAGUCUGCGUCCUCCCACUCAGACAUUGAGGAGAUGACCGACUGUUCUCUGCCCUCCUCCCCCAAGCUAACAGCAUAUAACUGCUCCACCAUCUCUACACCCAUGCUCCAGAACUCCCACUCCAACUCUUUGAUCUCAGAGUACACAGACAGCGAGGCGGAGAAGGUGAUGGGGCUCCGCAGUGAGCUCCGAGACAAGGAGAUGAAGCUGACUGACAUACGCCUGGAGGCCCUCAGCUCCGCCCACCAGCUGGACCAGCUCAGGGAGUCCAUGAACCGCAUGCAGGGCGAGAUAGAGAGGCUGAAGACUGAGAAUGACUGUCUGAAGAUGGAGAGUCAGGACAGCUGCAGCAGAGCAGCCUCACAGGCCUCAGUGGCCUCACCCUCAGCGGGCCAGUCACAGCACGGCCUCGCCCUAACAGAGUCCACCAGCCUCGACAUGCUGUUGGAGGACAACGGGGACGGUAGCUCACGGAAAGAAGGACAACACGUCAAGGUGGUCGUAACUCUGGAUGAGGACACCAAGUGGAAAGAGGACCGUAGACCUCGUCAUUUCCUGAUUGGUUGCAUUGGUGUCAGUGGGAAAACUAAGUGGGAUGUGCUUGAUGGGGUGGUCAGACGUCUCUUCAAGGAGUACAUCAUCCAUGUGGACCCAGUCAGCCAGCUGGGUCUAAACUCAGACUGUGUCCUGGGCUAUAGCAUCGGGGACAUCCAUCGCACCAGUGGGGCUGACACCCCUGAACUCCUGCCCUGUGGAUACCUUGUUGGAGAUAGUGACACCAUCUCUGUCUCCCUCAAAGGUGUGUGUGAGCACAGCCAGGACAGCCUGGUAUUCGAGACACUGAUUCCCAAGCCCCUGCUGCAGCGCUACUUGUCCCAGCUGCAUGACCACGGCAGGAUCAUCCUGUCUGGCCCCAGCGGCACUGGAAAGAGCUUCCUGGCCAGCCGGUUGGCCGAACACAUGGUGCUGAGGGAGAGGAGUGAGGUCACCGAUGGGACCAUUGCCACGUUCAACGUAGACCACAAGUCAAGCAAGGAGCUGUGUCAGUACCUGUCUAACCUGGCUGACAAGUGUAAUAGUAUGAGUCAUGGGGUGAACAUGCCCCUUGUGGUCAUACUGGACAACCUGCACCGCAGCAGCUCCCUGGGAGAGGUCUUCAAUGGCCUGCUCAGCUGCAAGCACCACCGCUGUCCUUAUAUCAUUGGAACAAUGAAUCAGGCUACAUCGACCACUCCCAACCUCCAGCUUCAUCAUAACUUCAAGUGGGUGCUGUGUGCCAACCAUACUGAGCCAGUGAAGGGCUUCCUGGGUCGGUUCCUGAGGAGGAGGCUGAUGGAGACAGAGAUCAGCAGCCGACAGCGCAAUGCUGAGCUGGUGAGGAUCAUUGAGUGGAUCCCUACUGUCUGGCAUCACCUCAACCGGUUCCUGGAGUCCCACAGCUCCUCGGACGUCACCAUCGGGCCCCGCCUCUUCCUGUCCUGCCCCAUGGAUGUGGAGGGAUCCAGAGUGUGGUUCACAGAUCUGUGGAACUAUUCCAUCAUUCCCUACAUGCUGGAGGCUGUCCGAGAGGGGCUGCAGCUGUAUGGGAGGAGAGCUCCAUGGGAGGAUCCAGCACAGUGGGUGGUGGAGAGCUAUCCCUGGGCAGCCAGCCCCCUGCAGCACGAAUGGACCCAGCUGCUGAAGCUCCGGCCAGUGGACGUGGGAUUCGAUGGAUACUCCAUCUCCAAAGACGGCUGUCCCAGCAAGCAGGUUCCCCAGGGAGACACUAACGGAGACCCCCUGAUGAACAUGCUGAUGAAGCUAAAGGAAGCGGCCCACUGCUCUGCCAGCACUCAGAGCUACGACAGCGACUCCAACAGCAACCAGGAUCACCAUGACAACACCGUGCUGGACUUAUCACUGGAGUGCACACUAUGAGUCUCACUGGGUCAGAUAAUACUCACUGUGGCUGGGACACAUCCUAACUUGAGAUACCUUUGUGUUAGUCAUCCAUUGACAUCAAUGGGAGACUGAUAUGAGGUUAUGUAUUUGAAGAUGUAUUUAAAGUUAGAAUUUGGACUUCUGUAAUUUCAGAUCUUUAGGCAGACAUAUUACAUAAUAGUUGGAACUCACUACUUUCCAAAAAGGGUUCUUCAAAGGGUCCUCCUAUGGGGACAGCCGAAGAACCCUUUUAGGUUCUAGAUAGCAUAACCUUUUAUUCUAAGAGUGUAGACCUUACAGGGCUAUUAAAUUCCCGUCCUGAAGGGAUGAAAUACUUCUGUUUUUUCAUCCUCUCCUUCUAAUUCAGAUCUGGAAACCACUUGAAUACAAUUAACUACCAGAUAGAAACAAAAAAAACUGAAAUGUUUCUCCCUUCCAGGACUGGAAUUUAAUAGCCUUGGGCCAUACUGGGUGCUGGUAACCCAAGAUAAAAAUCCCAGUCAAAGUUCAAUAACCUGAAUAAUUUCAACUCAGUACUCUACUAUUUUCAGUGUUUAUUAGGAGUAUGUUUACAAUCACAGGCAAAGACAGUCAACCAUAUAAAUAAAUGACAAAUCUUAUGAGACGUCAAACCUGUUGCCUUGACUGUGACCUAACCUAGGCUAUAGCUCAUGAGAUGUCAAACCGGUUGCCUUGACUGUGACCUAACCUAGGCUAUAGCUCAUGAGAUGUCAAACCGGUUGCCUUGACUGUGACCUAACCUAGGCUAUAGCUCAUGAGAUGUCAAACCGGUUGCCUUGACUGUGACCUAACCUAGGCUAUAGUUUAUCAGAUGUCAAACCGGUUGCCUUGACUGUGACCUAACCUAGGCUAUAGCUUAUGUGGUCCAAACUGAGUAGCAAUAACUGGAUAUACAUUCACUCAGCUGCAUAGAGCUUUUUUUAAUUUAUUUUUUAUUUCACCUUUAUUUAACCAAGUAGGCAAGUUGAGAACAAGUUCUCAUUUACAAUUGCGACCUGGCCAAGAUAAAGCAAAGCAGUUCGACACAUACAACAACGC